CUGUCUCCGGUGCUCCCGAACAAGAACACCACCAGCCCACGGCCACUUGCGCGCGAGCUCUCUCUCUCUCUCUCUCUCUCUCUCUCUCUCUCUCUCAUUGGAUUCUGGCGGCUCUCCCUCGAAGUCAUCGAAUCCUACAUGGAGAGCCCCGAGGGGCCGGCUCCGGAGUCCGGCGAACGGGCGGCACCGGACCAGGAUGGCAAUGCCCAAACUGCACCUGGGCAUAAUUCGCGGAGGCCAAACCUUUCUUUGCAAAUACCAGCUAGAACCUUGGAUAACAAUAUUCCUACUUCAACAAGAAUUAAUAUAUCCUCCAGCCCCAGUUCGACGAGAGCUGGUUUGCCACCAAGACCUAAUUCAACGAGAACAAAAUCAUCUAUCAAGAACAUCAUACCUCAGCACAGUUUCAGGGCAAGGAGUUCAGCCCAGGAAGGUGAUCGGGUGAUCCUUCUAAAUCCUGGGACAUCAUCUGAAGGGCAGCAGGAUAACCCAACGACAGCAAGAUCGUUUUCUUUUAGAAAGGUUAUUAACUCUUUAUCGGCAAAACGGCCCCAUUCUCUUCCAGUCACACCCGUAGGAGCUACCGACAAGUCUUCAUCUCCGGGAAGUCAGAUAGAUAACGUGCCAAUUACGGCUCAGAAUCAAGAAGCUGAGGCAAAGAUUAGACGUUCACUUUCAGUACCAGGAAACCGCAAAAACAGAAGUUUCAGGAGGGCGGAUUCAUUAGGUGUCAUGCGUGUGAUCUCAACAACCCCACGACCUGUUCCAGUUGACGCGACCAUAUCGAGUGAUGGCAUUGAAGAAACAAUCGAUGUUCCUGAAGAUGGAGGCGAAGAUAUUCCUGAAGAAGAGGCAGUCUGCAGAAUUUGUUUUAUUGAACUCAAUGAAGGAGGGGAAACACUUAAAAUGGAGUGCAGCUGCAAAGGAGAACUUGCCCUUGCACACCAAGAUUGUGCUGUCAAAUGGUUUAGCAUCAAGGGAAACAAGAUAUGUGAUGUCUGCAAACAAGAAGUUCAGAAUCUGCCUGUGACUUUACUGAGAAUACCAACUCAAACUGCGAACAGACGAAUAGCAAAUGCUGCUCAGCAGAGAGCAGCUCAACAGUACAGAUUUUGGCAGGACAUUCCAAUUCUGGUGAUGGUUAGCAUGCUUGCGUACUUCUGUUUCUUGGAACAACUUCUGGUUACUGAUUUGCAGUCAAGUGCACUGGCAAUUUCAUUGCCUUUCUCAUGCGUGUUGGGCCUCAUUUCUUCCAUGAUAGCAUCCACUAUGGUGUCAAAAAGCUAUCUAUGGGCCUAUGCUUCAUUUCAGUUUGCUAUUGUGAUCCUGUUUGCUCAUAUCUUCUACAACGUGUUGAGAGUGAUUCCAGUCCUUGCGGUCCUACUCUCCUCGUUCACAGGGUUUGGGAUUGCUAUUAGUACGAACUCGCUGCUUGUAGAGUACUUGAGGUGGAGAGCUAGGAGAAAUCAGCGUUUGGCUCAGCGGCCUUCCAACGAUGGGCAGCGUUCAGAAUCUGAAGAUAACGGUGCAGAUGAAAAUAAUGGUGAUAGGCAGCAAGGGCGUAAUCCAGAUCCUGGUAACAACGCUGCAUGAUGAUUCAGAUUAAGAAGUGUAACUGGUGUGAAGAGCUGGCUUUGAUAUGUGCAGUGGUAUAGAUUGUCAGACUUCAGUACCAUGAUUGCAAGAACAAAAAGCUGGAAAGAAAUCGUCAUAUGGCAGCGUAGGAGGCUAUAUGCCAGCUGGAGGGUGCCUACAGAUAUAUUUAGGCAACGCAUAGAGAUGAACAAAAAUAUUCAAUGUUCAUGCUAUUAGUCUAGUAGUUUGACAUCAAAUUUGUGCUUUGGUCGGUGUAAACUUAAUAGAUAUUGAGAAACGAAGUAGAUAAGUGUCUUGGUUUGUAUGUGAUGAGGCAUUGAUAAUGGUUGAUGUAUCUGGAAUUUGGUUA